AUGGCCACCAAUGAAGAAGAGGAAAUUCACUCCCAAUAUGCUAUGCAACUAGCAAGCGCAUCACUUGUGCCUAUGGUGCUCAAAGCAGCCACAGAGCUUGGAGUGUUUGACAUACUGCACAGAGCUGGCCAUGGAGCCCUGCUUUCAGCCACCCAAAUAGCAUCUCAGCUUCCCUCUAACAACAACCCAGGUGCCGAUUUGGUUCUUGAUCGUAAGCUUCGCCUUUUGUCUGCUUACUCUGUUCUCGCUUGCUCUGUCACCUCACACCAAACUGAUGGGGAGGCUCUCAGGCUUUAUGGGCUGUCACCUGUCUCCAAAUAUUUCAUCAAAAACCAAGAUGGUGUGUCAUUGGCACCUUUGCUAUAUUUGUGCAAUGACAAGGUCACCAUAGAUAGCUGGUUCCAUUUGAAAGAUGCAGUUUUGGAAGGAGGGCUUCCAUUUAGCCAGGCCUAUGGAAUGAAUAUGGUGGAGUACGUUGGCAAGGAUGAAAGAUUUGGUGGAGUGUUCAAGGACUCAAUGAAAGAGUUCAACCCCAUUUUUAUGAAGAAGAUUUUGAAGACUUAUAAAGGUUUUGUAGGUCUAAAAACACUGGUAGAUGUGGGUGGUGGUGAUGGUACUAUCCUUAACAUGAUAAUCUCCAUGUACCCUGCCAUCAAGGGUUUCAACUAUGAUUUGCCUUCUGUUGUAGAAAAGUCUCCCUCCUAUACUGGUAUAGAGCACAUUGCAGGAGAUAUGUUCAUAAAGAUUCCGAAAGGAGAUGCCAUUUUCAUGAAGUGGAUGCUACAUGGCUGGGAUGACAAACAUUGCUUGAUGAUACUGAAGAAUUGCUAUGAGGCCUUGCCAGACCAUGGGAAAGUGAUACUGGUGGAUAUGGUGGUACCAGAAGCCCCUGAAACUAGUCUUUCUGCUAGAAGUUUGUUUCAGUUUGAUGUGUACCUGAUGAACACUAAUGUGAUGGGAAAGGAGAGAACAGAGAAAGAAAUAGAAAGUAUGGCAAAAGAAGCAGGGUUUUCAAACAUUCGAGUUGCAUGUUCUGCUUUUACUUUUUCAGUCGUUGAGCUGUUUAAAAACGUGUAA